AUGGUGAUUCGAAAGAUGCGAUUGCAGGUCGGAGGCAUGUUGAAGAUGAUUAUUUGCUGUCAUGUUGUGGCUCUUUUAUUCACUACUGGCUUACUACUACAUUGUCCACAGAGAGGUUUUGUUGGCAUCAACACUGAUUAUACAGAUUUAGCUAUCCAUGUUAGCGAUCACGAUAUCAAGGCAGAAUGUAACGAGCACUGCAACUGUAAGGAAGAAUGGAAUCCAGUUUGCGAGGCUGAGACUGGUAGAAUGUACUUUUCUCCUUGCUUUGCAGGCUGCACUCAAAAACAUGCGGAUUCGCAUGGGGUAAGUUGUUUGAGACAAAUCUGAUU